GGGCGGCUGAGGUCCAGGGGUGUCAGAGUGCCGAGAGGGCUGCAGGGCAGGCGGGGCAGUCGCGGUAACACGGCCGCGGCCAUGGGGGGCUUGAAAGACGAGCUGCUCAAGGCCAUCUGGCACGCCUUCACUGCACUGGACCUGGAUCACAGCGGCAAGGUUUCCAAGUCCCAGCUCAAGGUCCUUUCCCAUAACCUGUGCACGGUGCUGAAGGUUCCUCAUGAUCCCGUUGCCCUUGAAGAGCACUUCAGGGAUGAUGAUGAGGGGCCCGUCUCCAAUCAGGGCUACAUGCCAUAUUUAAACAAGUUCAUUUUGGAAAAGGUCCAAGACAACUUUGACAAGAUUGAAUUUAAUAGGAUGUGUUGGACCCUCUGUGUCAAAAAAAACCUCACAAAGAGUCCCCUGCUCCUUAUGGAAGAAGAUUCAUUUAAAGUGUGGGUUAUUUUCAACUUUUUAUCUGAGGACAAGUAUCCAUUAAUUAUUGUGCCGGAAGAGAUUGAAUAUCUGCUUAAGAAACUGACAGAAGCUAUGGGAGGAGGUUGGCAGCAAGAACAAUUUGAACAUUAUAAAAUCAACUUCGAUGACAGUAAAGAUGGCCUUUCUGUGUGGGAGCUGAUUGAGCUGAUUGGAAGUGGACAGUUUAGCAAAGGCAUGGAUCGGCAGACGGUGUCUAUGGCAAUAAAUGAAGUCUUUAAUGAGCUUAUAUUAGAUGUGUUGAAACAGGGUUACAUGAUGAAAAAAGGCCACAGACGGAAAAACUGGACUGAGCGCUGGUUUGUACUAAAACCCAACAUAAUUUCUUAUUAUGUGAGUGAGGAUCUGAAAGAUAAGAAAGGAGAUAUUAUCUUGGAUGAAAAUUGCUAUGUAGAGUCUUUGCCUGACAAGGAUGGAAAGAAAUGCCUUUUUCUUAUAAAAUGUUUUGAUAAAACCUUUGAAAUCAGUGCUUCAGAUAAGAAGAAGAAACAGGAGUGGAUUCAGGCUAUUCACUCUACUAUCCAUCUGUUGAAGCUGGGCAGUCCCCCACCACACAAAGAAGCCCGCCAGCGUCGGAAAGAACUCCGGAAGAAGCUGCUGGCUGAGCAGGAGGAGCUGGAGCGACAGAUGAAGGAGCUCCAGGCUGCCAACGAAAACAAGCAGCAGGAGCUGGAGACCGUGAGGAAGAAACUGGAAGAAGCAGCAUCUCGGGCAGCAGAAGAAGAGAAGAAACGCCUUCAGACUCAAGUGGAACUACAGGCCAGGUUCAGCACGGAGCUGGAGCGAGAGAAACUUAUUAGACAGCAGAUGGAAGAACAGGUUGCCCAAAAGUCCUCUGAACUGGAACAGUAUUUGCAGCGAGUGCGAGAACUGGAAGACAUGUACCUGAAGCUGCAGGAGGCUCUUGAGGAUGAGAGACAGGCCCGGCAAGACGAAGAGACUGUGAGGAAGCUCCAGGCCAGGUUGUUGGAGGAAGAGUCCUCCAAGAGGGCUGAACUGGAGAAGUGGCACUUGGAGCAGCAGCAGGCUAUUCAGAUGACUGAAGCGGAGAAGCAGGAGCUGGAGAAUCAGCGUGUCAUGAAAGAACAGGCCCUGCAGGAAGCCAUGCAGCAGCUGGAGCAGCUGGAGCUAGAGCGGAAACAGGCGCUGGAGCAGUACGAGGGAGUUAAAAAGAAGCUGGAGAUGGCAACUAAUAAGACCAAGAGCUGGAAGGACAAAGUGGCCCAGCACGAAGGACUUAUUCGACUGAUAGAACCAGGGUCAAAAAACCCUCACCUGAUCACUAACUGGGGGCCUGCGGCUUUCACCCAGGCAGAACUUGAAGAGAGAGAGAAGAACUGGAAAGAAAAAAAGACCACAGAGUGACCUCAGGGCAGCAGUUGCAUCAGUUACGCAGAUUCCCGAGUGUAGCUGGAAAGCUUUGUGCUAAAGACAAAAGGAACUGGCUUUGCUGCUUCUAACUUUUCUGCCUUCAACACCUCCUCUUGGGUCAGUAUACCAAGGAAGCCUUAUUUAUCUUCCUGCAAACAAGGGCUUACCAGAAAAGGAAAAAAAAUCAACAUUGUCAGGCUCUUAAUAGACUCUUUUUUGGAAAACUUCAGCUUCUGAAAAUUCCUUUUUAGCUCUCAGAUUCUUGUCGGAACAGGGCAGCAUACACAGUGUGGCCGACGCCAUCGUCCGCAGUGUUUGGAGGGGAGCAGGUGUUGGUGCUCAGGGUCCCUGGAAAAGCAGAACCUCUGUGAACUGGGGUCAGUCAUUUCCUUUGGCAGCGUGUUUCCUUCUCCAAGUACCUGUUUCUAAACUAGUUUGGCCAGUCUACUUGCCAUCGCAUGCCAGUUCACGUGGAAUGCCUUUGACCAUUGCUGCUCUGAUAGAGAAGUCACUAGCCUCAUGUGGGCCUUGCCUUGACUAAGUGGUUACAGCCCACGUAUGCAUAUGCAGUUGUACGAAAGGUUCCUUUUAUGUGGUGUUACUGAUUUACAUCAUGGCUUCAGUGGCCCUAUCUAGGAGGCAAAAAUUCUUUUAAACAAUGAAGCAUUUUAAACAAUGCUUUGGCUAAGAUAGAUAUAGUAAGUCCUCAAUAUCAUCGAUAGGUUCUGCAACUUUAAGCGAAAUGAUGUGUAGCAAAACCAGUUUUACCCUAAGCUAAUUCAUAUAAAUAAGGGUUAAGUUCCUAUGGCAUCUUCUCGACAUUGUAACAGAAUGAUGGCGAAGGAAAAGUUGUUAUUUGAGGAUCUACUGUACUUAUGACUCAGAGCACAGAGAUGAACUAAGUAAAUCCCAUUUGGAAUGACAUUUUGUUACUAACUAAAAUCCUCCUAAGAUUUAAGAUGGUUUAAGCUGUCAAAGUGCUGACGGACUCCUUGGUUUUACUUUUGUAGUUACUGUACAGAAAAUUUCAAGAAUGUGUGAAUGCUUGUCAUAACCAGGCUUUUUACUUAAUAGAGAUAUGAUCAUUUAUAGGAAUUAUAUAUGAAAAAAGUUUCAAAAUGUAUUUUUAUGAUGUGCCUUGUUUAGAUGGAACAAAAUAUUUAUAAUUUUCAAACAUUCUUACCUAAAUAUUGUACAAUGUAAUAUGCUGAACUUUCUUAAUUUUUUGCUAAUUUUCUAAGAUAAAAGUGUUUUGUAUGGUUUUUUCUUGUUUGUUUGUUUUUGUAAAAUGUACUCAGUAAGAAAAUAAAAAAAUACCAGGACAAUGUACAUUUAAAACUGUCUGAUUUAAUAAAACAGUAGGGUAAA